AUGCGGAGCGGCGAGGAGCUGGACGGCUUCGAGGGCGAGGCCUCGAGCACCUCCAUGAUUUCGGGCGCCAGCAGCCCGUACCAGCCCACCACCGAGCCGGUGAGCCAGCGCCGCGGGCUGGCCGGCCUGCGCUGCGACCCCGACUACCUGCGCGGAGCGCUCGGCUGUCUCAAGGUCGCCCAAGUGAUUUUGGCCCUGAUUGCUUUCAUCUGCAUAGAGACCAUCAUGGAGUGCUCUCCGUGUGAAGGCCUCUACUUCUUUGAGUUUGUGAGCUGUAGUGCAUUUGUGGUGACUGGAGUCUUGCUGAUUCUGUUCAGUCUGAACCUUCACAUGAGGAUCCCCCAGAUCAACUGGAACCUGACAGAUUUGGUCAACACUGGACUCAGCACUUUCUUUUUCUUUAUUGCUUCGAUUGUACUGGCUGCUUUAAACCACAAAACCGGAGCAGAAAUUGCUGCCGUGAUAUUUGGCUUCUUGGCAACCGCGGUAUAUGCAGUGAACACGUUCCUGGCGGUGCAGAAAUGGAGAGUCAGCAUCCACCAGCAGAGUGCCAGUGACUACAUCCGAGCCCGCACGGAGUCCAGAGACGUGGACGGUCGCCCUGAGAUCCAGCGCCUGGACACAUGAGCAGCUGCCAUCCUCCUCCCUCUUGUCCCCGUGCCCAUCCUUUCAGACAAGUUUUCUUUCCCUCAUCAUGUCAGAUUUUCCCGUGAUUAAGUUGAAUUUUGUCCUCUUUGGUGAAAGUUCAUCCUGGGAAAGGGUUUUCAGAGCCCCCGUUGGCAGGUAUUUGAGGCAGGGAGCCGCCGCGCCCAGCUGUUCUGACCGAGGCCGGUGGCAGAGGCCUGCCGAUCGGUCCAGCAUUGGGUGGCCGUGGUUGCCGCCGACCUUUCCGGCUGCCGCGUCUGCUUUAGGUUUUCGCUGUCCCCAAGCACAGGCUUCACAUCUGACUCCGAGCCACCCUGUCAUAUAUUUUUGUGACAGCUCAAGACUUUGGAUUAAUGGGGGCUGCUAGGAGGGGGUGGAAAUCAAGGAAUGAAGGUGUGGGGUUGGCAGCGAUCGCCGGGCAGCCCCCUCGCGAGCUCCGGGGCACCAUUUAGUCUUGCUGCCCGGAGCCUCCCCUGCUCCUCGUCUUCCACUCUUGGGGCGUCGACACACCCAGCACAGGCCCAGAAAGCCACGCGUGAUGCUGAGGGUCUUGGUGAUGGGGGCGCUGGUGGAGCUCUUUGCCGGGCCCAGACUUUACGGGGAUGGGAAAAGCUGCUGCCCUCUUGGGGCCGUUCAGUGGGACUGCUGACAUGCGGGAAGGUCACCUUUCGGUUCCCACCCUGCUGAGAAGUCACUCAAUUCUUCCUGAAAUGCGUCACUUCUCUGAAUCCCAGAUUCUCCUCCAGGACCGUGGGGACCAUCUUGUUUUCCAGUUUCAGACCCACCCUUACUACUUGGAGGCUGAAUUGCAGGCUUCCUGCAAUUUUGCCUUCUCAGGUAAAAGCCACAAAAAA